UGAUUACUUUUAUAACAUUUAUUAUUCUUUAGUUGAUCGAUCGAACGAUAACUUUACAUCUUAAUUCGAUAUGUAAUGCCAGUGAUGAACUGCUGACGGUUAUUUACAUAAAAGAUAAAACUGUUUGUGAAUAUCUGAGCCAGUGCACGUGUUACGGCAACAUUCUAUAUGGCUUUCAUCAGUUCGUUUAAUUUAAGCCGUUUUAGGAGAUGCGUGUUACUGUCUCCGACACAUUUCUCCGACAGAGUGAAAUAGAAAAACGUAUACACCGAUUCAUGCAAAAUUCAGAGAAAAGUCCAUAGUAGAAAUCAUCUGGUACACAUAAAAAUUACGACCGGCGUGGAAAAUUAUAAAAAUGCCACAUAGAGUUAGCAUCAUUGCUGUUCCGGAUAAGCUUACCAAAGAGCAUAGAAAAGAUUCAAAUGAAGCGAGUCAAAAGAAGAAGUCUGCGGAUUUCGAGACAGCCAUUGCCGCAGCUGGUUAUGGAAAAUUUCAAUAUCUUCUGCUACUGGCGAUUAUUCCAGUAUCAUGGGCAACCAGUAUCGACAGUUCCAAUGUAGCGAUGAUUCUUCCCUCUGCAGAAUGCGAUUUGCAAAUGACAUUCUUUCAGAAGGGUGUGCUAAACGCCAUCAUAUACAUAGGAAUGAUUUCUAGUGGUUUUCUAUGGGCUUACAUAGCGGAUGUUAAGGGCAGGAGAGCCGUUUUUCUUUGUGGCUAUAUAGCUGAUAGCAUUUGUAACUUCCUGUCAGGGUUUUCACAGAAUUUUUGGAUGCUUGUAUCUUUCAAAUUCCUUAGUGGUUUCAUGAUAAGCGGCCCCCAUGCUUCCAUCGUGGCCUACACUUCGGAAUUUUAUGGAAAAAAAGAAAGAGGAAGAAUUUCAUUGAUCGUCGGUUUUGCCAUUACAUCUGGAAAUAUCGUAAGCGCAGUGCUGGCGUUCAUCAUCAUUCCACAACGCUGGUCCAUCGUCUUGUGGGACGGUGCGUUUGUCUACAAUUCCUGGAGACUUUUUCUUUCCAUCUGUGGAAUACCAACAUUGAUCGGUGUUAGUUGUCUCUUCCUGUUUCCGGAAAGUCCAAAGUUUCUCAUGUCUCAGGGUCAUAUGGAGGAUGCGUUGAAAGUUUUCAAGAUAAUUUAUAGCACCAACACGGGAAAAUCGGCGGAAGAAUAUCCGAUACAAUAUUUAGAAAACGAACUUCCUAAAGAAGGAAAUGAUAACGACUACGAUGGAAAAAUAGAGAAGAAGGCAAUUUUCUUUACUCCACAUUUAAGUCGAAUUCUCUUGGUCACAGUCAUGCAAUUUGGUUCAAUGUACACAACCAACACGAUUCGUAUGUGGCAACCUCAACUUUUCACGAUACUAGGAAAUUUCGAUCCAGUGAAUCAUAAUCUAACAGAAGCACAUAAAUCGACAUUUUGCGAGAUCUUGGAUUUCUUCUCUGUCGUAGACGAAACUUCCGCAGCCGUUGAAGAGAACGUGAACUGUACAAACAUUGUCGUGAGUGAGUCUGUUUAUGUGAAUACGAUAGUUGUAACUGCCUUUGGAGGCAUUCUUAUUUUAUUGAGUAGCUUUCUACUGAAUAUUUUGAAAUACAGAAUCUUACUGUAUAUUUCUUACGGAGUAGCAUUCUUAUGUAUAAUUUAUCUGAACUGGUCGUCUGACACAUUACUAACACUAAUUCUGACGAGUGUGUUCAUUGGAUUGACAAACACUACCCAAAAUAUAAUUAUUGCUGCAACUGUUAUUAUGUUUCCAACUUCUCUAAGAGCGAUCGCAGUGAGUCUGGUGAUGUCAGUCGGAAGAAUAGGGUCGGUGAUUGGGAACCUUCUCUUCCCAAUUUUACUGGCUCAAGGAUGCUUCGUACCCAUGAUCCAGUUGGCGUGCUUGAUAUUACUUUGCUCCAUUUUAACGUGUUUUCUUCCGUCGACCAAGAAAGCUAAAUAAUAAGAAAUACGUAAGAUUGUGUUACGAUAUUUAAGCUUCUCUGAAAGAACUUGCCAAUAGAGAAGUUUUUACGUACAUACACAUACUCUAACUACGAAUAAUAGAUCGCAUCGCAGAUAGCCUACAGACCUCGUUCUCCAACACUAAACCAAGGAAUUACAUGUAUACUCAUCCUUGAAUCAUUCUAACAUGAUCAAAAUUUCCAAAGCGAACCAUGAUACCUUUCUUAAGACUCUGAUAUGACUAUAAUAUUUACAUUAAGAAUAGACAAAUUUCAAGAGGAUCAAAAAUGUAGGAAAAUUCACAAACUUUGAAUACUUAAAAAGUAGGAAGAUAAAAGUAUCGGAUAAUUAAAGAAAGACAUAAAUAGAUAAAUGAAUGAUAUCAAUAAGACGAAACGUACAAAAUAAGAGGAUAAUAGAAAGAAGGAUCUAUCGAAGCAAGGAAGCACGCGUUCGAAGGCGAAUACAGGCAAAAACAACGACAACGAUGUAUGUUAGACAAUGAAAGGGUGGGAUGUUUCCAGUUGGACACUCUUCACGGUCACAUUUUCAGGAGAAGAUCGAUCUCAGUUUAAAACAAUGAUCGAGCGCGUCGAGGACGAACGCGGCGUUCCUCGCCCAGCGUGAACACGACGCUGCUACGGGGGCCUUGGGUUUCACUUUCGACACAUCCUGGAGAGCCCUCCACGCUGCAGCCUUCACCCACAUGCUCGUUCUUCUCGAUCCCCCGCGUACAACGGCUCCGUUCAGCCGGCGUUUCGUGUGGACGCGGCUUUAUCGCGCGCCCGGGAUCUCGACACCUUCGCGCUAGCCACGUUGAUCGAGUAAUUACGCGUGUCCAUAAAAUUUACCGCGCGUAUUACAAUGGAAGAAUGGGAGAAAGUCAAGGUAUCGAAUUGAUUGCAACGUGACGUUUUAUUUUGUCACGAGAUGCAGCGAUGAUGCUUGAUAUUUGAUUUUGGUUUUUGCUUCUUUCGUGUACUUAAACGGCAAUCUACCAGUAAACUGGUGCAUUCAAAUCUCAUGCAUAUAUUUUAUAUUUACUAAUAGAUUGCAGAUAGUAGCGUAGGAUUACAUUUUUGUGAAGAAUUUUGUUACGUUUAAAGAAACAGAAUGUAAGAGAAGAUUUGUUUCAAUAAAUAUUAUGGAUAUUUUAUAUAUUUUUGUAUAGGAUUGUACGUAUUUCGUGUAUUUUUGAACAAUCUAAUUUGCCAGAAAUGCUUAAGAAAUUAUGUCUACGUUAAUGCAUCAAUUGUAUCAUUAGUUUGAUCACAAGAAUUACUAGAGAAAUUCAUAUUAUACACUUAUGUAAUUCGAUGUUAUUUGUGUUUAUUAGUUUAAUUAAGACGUUACAGUUACGAUCCUUGUAUCAUAAAAUAAAAGGAAUAUUUUAUAGGAUAACUAGAUUAAAUUUAACAGAGCUAACGGGAUACGAAUGGCAAUAAAUGCUACUCGUAAAAAGAAAUUAAUCUUGUUUUACUUGAGCAAA